CCAGAUAAUGAGGAGUGUCCCGGUGCAAAGCUACGCCACGCUCAGGAGCUUGAUUCCCGCUCCAUAUACGUUGCCAAUGUGGACUAUGCGGCGACCCCACAGAUGCUUGAGCAAAUCUUCACCCAAGUUGGAACAGUUGAAAAAGUCACGCUUCUAGUGCACAGACACACUGGCUUCCCGAAAGGAUAUGCGUACGUUGCAUUCAAAGAGCCGGAGAGUGUGGGAGCCGCGAUUGGUCAGUUGGGUGACACGCAUAUCCGGGGCCGGCCGUUGAAAAUAUACGAAAAAAAGACUAUUGUUCACAGUGAGAUCCGUGCUUCGCGUGGGGGGCGGAACGGAAGCUCAAGAAGUAGGGGCAGAGGCAGGGGCAGAGGCCGAGGUAGAGGCCGAGGCGGCUCU